AUGGAAUGGCGAACCAGGUGUAUUUUCAUGGUUUUUCAUCUAGCUCAAGUUUUCUCUUUGAGGAAUGGACAUAUACCAGCUCCUGCCCAGUUGACUGAUAAAGCUAUGAGUUGUGACAAAGGAUGGUACACGUUCGGUGAUAAGUGUUACAGAGUUGGUGGAAAUAAAAAGUUUAUCAAUCUUGGUUGGAUGAAUGCAUUAGAGUACUGCAAACGUGCCGGUGGAACUUUAGCAACAGUAAGCUCUAAAGCGAUUCUAGAAUUUCUCACCACAUUCCUGGUUUUAGACAUCAGGAGGAGCGUAUGGAUUGGCCUCAGUGACACAAAAUUAGAAGUUGGCUUCUAUUGGGAGGAUGAAACUCCAUUGGACUUCACUAAUUGGGCACCAGGAGAACCAUCUAAUGGACGUGAACACUGCGUAGAAAUGCAGUUUAACAGCUCAACUCAGAUCGGCUAUUGGAAUACCAAAGAUUGUGGAGAAGAGAUCCCCUUUAUUUGCCAAAAAAAUAAAACGGAAACUGCUGUAGUCAGAGUGCCGUUGGACCCGAAAUUCUGUUCGGAGGAGAACAAUUCUGGUUGGAAAUUUCGGACUUCCUGCUUCAACUUGGUGACAGAGAAGAAAUCUUGGCGAGACGCCGAAAAGUACUGCCGUGAUACUUAUUCGGGUCAUUUGGCGACGCUCAGGGAUGUUACUUACGAUAUUUUCAUAGAAUAUAUGCUGAAAACUGUUGGCGAUGUAUGGAUUGGAAUCGUAAUCGAAGUAAAUGACCCACCGGUUUUGAAGCAAUCCAUGACAGAAUCUGCAUGCCCCGAGGAUUUUCCAGAUUGGAAAGACCUCGGCGGGGACAUGUGCUACUUCUUUGAAGUCGAAAACGAAGUGUCCUGGUUUCAAGCAAGCUUCAUGUGUCUGCAAAGAGGAGGUAGUCUAGUAAGCAUCCAUUCGCAAGCAGAAGUGGAUGUAUUGCAUCAGUUUGUACUGUUUACAAAAGAGCAGCUACAUAUUGGACUCCACCGAAAAAUGCUUGGAAUUAUGAAGUCGAGUGUGCCCAUUACGACAGUCGCAACUCAAGAGUCAUGCACAACUAGCAUUUCCAUUUCCACUUUGAUUGGCAUCGUUGUGGGCAUUUUGCUGGUCGAAGCUGCCAUCGCAGUCAUCUGGAUAUACUAUUUCAAGCUCCGAAGAAGACAAACCGAGAGACGAAAAUCUUCCAUAAAGCAUGUCAAACGAUUGUCCAGUUUGUCUAACUCGCCGAAGUUCAAAAAAGACUAUGACCAUGAAAUUGUUCAAGAAGAUGAUUACUACGAACCAAUGACAUAG